AUGGUACCCGGCACUAUCGCUGGUAAGAUAGUGGGAGGUGUGUGUUCCCUUUCGGGAGUACUCGUCAUCGCUCUGCCUGUGCCUGUCAUUGUCUCUAACUUCUCGCGGAUCUAUCAUCAGAACCAGAGAGCUGAUAAGAGGAAGGCUCAAAGAAAAGCUCGGCUCGCCCGCAUCCGUAUUGCCAAAGCUUCAUCAGGUGCUGCUUUCGUCUCCAAGAAGAAGGCUGCUGAGGCUCGCCUGGCUGCUCAGGAGUCUGGAGUGGAGCUGGAUGACGCAGGAAGGGAUGAGGAUAUCUUUGAGUUGCAGCAUCACCACCUUUUAAGAUGCCUAGAACGAACUACGGAUCGUGAAUUUGUUGAAAUGGAAAACCCAUUCAAUGGGGCCGCUAAACGGCCGGGAUCUCCUUCGCCUCUAGCGUCGCCUGCGCAUUCUGGCCGCGCACCGGCCUUAUUGGCUUGUUGCGCACGAUGCGGCUGCUGUCCACAGAAAUAUCAGGUCCUGCUAUUAGACUCGAGUAGAAAACGAGCGCGGGGUACUCGGCGUUACACGGCGACGUCGCGGCCGUCAGACACUUCUGUGUCCGCCGCGCCCAGUGAAGACCCCUUACCACAAGCUUGCGGCAAAUACAUUCCAGCUGGCAGCACAGUGCAAGGGAACCAGACGGGCGUAGCAAUGGAUGGUACAUAUCUCGUGGAGGCGUCUUUCUAG